AAUACAAGAAUUUUAUAUAAUAUGCGUAAGAACAUGUAACAGUUACUUGUGUAAGAAUAUUUUUAUCGAAUUACGAUCGAAAAAACAUGUAUAAAUACAUAUCCACGAACAUUGUGUUAUUCUUUAUAUUACUCUGAUAUAAAGAAUAUGCGUAAAUAUAUAUACGAUACAUAUAAAAAUUCACAAGUUCAUAGCUUCCUCGCUUGUUCCAGGUUCUCUCUCUCUGUCGUCAUAGUUACGUAAAUACGUGUAACACGUUAGCCAAGAUUGAUACGUCAUCGUCGAUACACUUGACAGUUUGGAUCUGGUUAUUGCACAUCGAUGUAGAUCGACAGAAAAGUCAUCUGGCUUUCAGUUAAAAGAAAUAACAGUGGAUGAUAAAAAAAGUGGAAGAUACGUUUUCCUCGGCGUCUGUCGACACUUGCAGAAAAUGCACGUUGAACGGCGAACAUAUCAAUAUUUUCGAUAUUUUUAACGAAUUACAGUUUGAAUAACACAGACAUGACUGAAAAGAAGUGCGAGGUCUCGAAUAAAGUACAUGAAACGGUGGCAAGACAUACCGAGUAUCCGUCGCCGAAACAAUCAGAAAUGCUUCAAUUGACGAAGAAGCAGAAGUUGUCGCAGUUGUUAACGCAGGAGGUGUCGCCAAAGAUUCCUUACGAACACGAACGAUGGCACCCUUUUGAUACUAGCGGUGGUGCGUUAACGAGUCCGCCUCGGGAUUUAGUCGAACGAUACAAGGAAGAAGCCGAACGCAGAGCCGCCAUCGCAGCCGAGAAAAAACGUGAUCAUCUGCCUGAGAACAUAGUGAACCUGAGAGAUUUGGCGGACGGCACGUGGUUGUACAAGAGUAAAGAGGCGAAAGUUUUGAGGAGGGAAGAGAUGCUCGCUGAGGCAAGAGCCAAGAAGAAGAGGACGACGAAGGUCCGAAAGAUUGUGCGCUACGUCGAAGCAGAGAUUCCAAGAUCUGUGGAAGAACAAUUGGCUGAGUGGAUGGCGAUGGUUGAUGAGGAACAGAAGCGAGUUAAGCCUGACGAUGUUGCGAAAAUUCGUUAUCUUAGGGAUCACUACAUUAGCGAUGGCCAAUUGCAGCCGUACGAAUACGCUGAUAUCGAGGCGGCGAAGAAGCUUAUCGCUGCUAAACUGCGAAAACGCGAAGAUUUCGAUGAGAUAAUGAAAGUAGCGGAGCUGGAAAUAAUAAGUAACUACAAGCAGGGUCUGCGUUCCGCCAUAGUGGAUUAUAUUUUGAAGGAUCCCGACGAGCGGAGGCGUUUGUCCGUUGAAACGCCGCCCAUCGAGUUCCCCCUUCUGUGCAUCCGCGCGCCGGUACCUUGGCAUCAGUCCAAGGUCACAGCGGACCACCUGAUGCAACACGGUCUUUUCAUCAGCAAUGAAAUCUUGAGGGACAUCCGUGACUUGUGGUUUCUGAAGUACCGUGGAGUGAGAAUAAUUCGCAUGCAAGAUUUCGGCACGUUUCCCGUGCCGGCCGCCGAAAUCGAGCCGAAACUGAAUGCCUUGUGCGUAGCCGCCACCGACUUCCUCGUCAAAGAGUGGUUGGCCGACGUGGCGGAUAUAUUUUUGGGGAAAAAGCACAUCUGGUCGCGGUACUUCGACGUGCAUCCCAACGCGUCCACCGCCUGGGUCGAGAAGUUCUUUCGCAGCGUGAAUUCCCUCCUGUCGAGGCAAUUGCGAGUCAUGAUAUUGGAAACGCUGGAGGACGUGAGAAGGUUCUUCAUACGCUUCAAGGCCGGCAACGCGUUCGAAGGGGAUUACGAGGAUCUCAUGUUCCUCGAAACUCCUUUCAUAACAGUGAAAGUGGAGCCGGAACUCGGCACGACGAACUUGCACUGCAGACCGAACAUCUUCGAAUUGCACACUACGAUUUCGCGGUGUUUCGACAAGAUCAUCAAGGUGGGCGCUACGAUUCCCAAUAUCGAGGCCAUCCUGUUUCCAGAACUGGACCAGCCGGUCGGCCGUCUGUUCUCCCUUUCGCGAUACGAAAGCACGGUAUUGAAAAUAAUUAGCGACGUGUCGGACGUGAUCAUCAAACACAUGACCGGCGCUGAUAGUUACCUCAAGUGCUACACGGACUUAUUGUACAUCACGAGCGGUGUAGCCAAGGAGAAAUUAGACCAUUUCUUCUCGAUCGAGCCGCCACCGUUUCUGCGCGAGUUCGAGCAGCAGAUAAAAGCGUACGACGCUUUGCGAAGGGAGAUUUCUAUGUUUCGAUGUAAGAUUCCUCUAAACAUGAUCGAGAUAGAUUGCAGCGUCGUAAACGAGACGAUGAGGUCGGUGCUGCUCACGCUUCGUAGCAGAAUAUGCGACUUCUUCGCGGACGAGCUGCGGUCCAACAACCGGGACCUGUGCUCCAACUUCGACGAGAUCGCGGAGAAGAUCUCGAGGAUGCCGGAAACAACGCAGGACGUCGUCGAGUUGUACAACUACCUAUGCGAGAGUCGCGACACGACCAUGUUCAAUCUGAAGAGACGCCUGGCCCGCUCGAUCGAGCUGACGUUGUUCCUCUUCGAUUACCAGCCGCCCUCGGACGAGGACCUGUACUUGAACGCGCGCGCCAUCACCUGGCCGAAGGAGAUGGACGUCAUAAUGGAGCUGGCGAGCAAGAGGUUGCUCAUGAGAAGGGACUUCUCGGAGUCGGUGUUGCGUACGCGACGCGACUAUUUCGACAAGAAGAUAAUCGCGCUGCAGCAGGCCAUCGAGCAGUUCAAGCGGAAGGACCCGCCGGUCCUCACGAUGGAGGAGAUGGAGCAGGCCGUCGAUGAGAUCGAGGAGAUCUCCAAGACCAUGACGGCCAUCCGCAAGGAGGCCGAGGAGAUCAACACGGAGGAGACCCUGUUGGACAUAGAGCUGAGCCCGUACCUGGAGCUGCCGGUGAUGUCCUCCACGGUGGACAUCUUCGACAGGCUCUGGCACACCGCUCUGGGCUUCCAUCGGAAUUACGAUCUGUGGUAUUACGGGCCCUUCCUGGGCCUGAACGCCGAGAAAGUGCGCGAGGAGACCGAGGAGACCUGGCGGGCGCUCUACAAGAUGUCCCGCAUACUCGCGGAUGUGCCGGGCGCGAGGCGGGUUGCCGAGAUGGUGCGCGGCAAGGUGGAGAAGUUCACUCAGUUCCUGCCUCUGCUGCAGAUCAUCUGCACACCGGGUCUGCAGGCGCGACACUGGCAGGCUAUCAGCGAAAUCGUCGACAUGCCGAUAAUGCCGACGGACACCACCUCCCUGUCGGACAUGAUCGAGUGCGGCCUGAUCGUUCACAUCGUCAGGCUGGAGGAGAUCUCCUCUGCGGCGACGAAGGAGUACGCUCUGCAAAGGAGCCUGCAGAGGAUGAAGGAGGAGUGGAUGGAAGUGUACUUCGAGCUGAUACCGUACCGUGAGACCGGGGUGUUGAUAUUGACGGGUGUCGACGACAUACAGACGCUGCUGGACGACCACGUACUGAAGGCCCAGACCAUGAGGAGUUCCCCAUUCGUCAAGGCGUUCGAGCGGGAGAUGCAGCAGUGGGAGGAGAAGCUGAUCAUGAUGCAGGACAUCGUCGACCAGUGGUUGCUCUGCCAGGCCACGUGGAUGUACCUCGAGCCGAUAUUCAGCAGCGAGGACAUAAUGCGGCAGAUGCCGACCGAGGCGCGGGACUUCCGGCAGAUCGACAAGACGUGGCGGCGCAUCAUGGCGCACGUCGCGAGCAACAGGCGUGUGCUCGAGGCCACCGCCUACCCGAACAUGCUGGAGGAGUUCAGGACGUGCAACAGGCUGCUCGACGAGAUCCAGAAGGGUCUGAACGAGUACCUGGAGAAGAAGCGGCUGUUCUUCCCGCGGCUGUUCUUCCUGUCGAACGACGAGCUGCUGGAGAUCCUGUCGGAGACGAAGGACCCGCAGCGGGUGCAGCCGCACCUACGGAAGUGCUUCGAGGGUAUCAGCAGGUUGCGCUUCACGAAGGACGAGGAGAUAAUCGGCAUGCUGUCGGAGGAGGAGGAGUAUGUGCCGCUGAGCGGCAAGAUCUACCCGGCGGACGCGAAGGGCAUGGUGGAGCGAUGGCUGAGCCAGGUGGAGGAGCUCAUGCUGAUCUCGAUGCGCGACAUCGCCGAGGAGAGCAUCCUCGCUUACUUCACGGAUGAGCGCGAGGAAUGGGUGCUCUCCUGGCCCGGCCAGAUGGUCAUCUGCAGCAGUCAGGUGCACUGGACCAGCGAGGUGUACGAGUCCUUCGACGAUCGCAGCACCCGGGCCUACCUGUACAAGUGCAGCGAGCAGAUACAGCAUAUCGUGGACCUCGUGCGCGGCAAGCUCGACCGCGGCGCCAGGAUCACGCUGAACGCCCUGAUAGUGAUGGACGUGCACGCCAGGGACGUGGUGAAGCUGCUGGUCGACUUGCACGUGAGCGAGCCUUUAGACUUCAACUGGAUCGCGCAGCUCCGUUACUACUGGAUAGACGACCGCAUCACCGUCUCCAUGAUCACGACCGACAUCUUGUACGCCUUCGAGUAUCUCGGCAACACGCCCCGCUUGGUGAUCACGCCCCUGACCGACCGCUGCUACAGAACCCUGAUGGGCGCGUUCAAGCUGAACCUGGGCGGCGCGCCGGAAGGACCGGCCGGUACCGGCAAAACGGAGACGUCGAAGGAUCUCGCGAAAGCGGUGGCGAAGCAGUGCGUGGUCUUCAACUGCUCCGACGGGCUUGAUUACAAGGCGAUGGGCAAGUUCUUCAAGGGCGUCGCACAGUCCGGCGCAUGGGCCUGCUUCGACGAGUUCAACAGGAUCGAGUUGGAGGUGCUGUCCGUGAUCGCCCAGCAGAUACUCUCGAUCCAGAUGGCCAUCGGCAUGAAGCUGGAGAAGUUCCUGUUCGAGGGCACCGAGUUGAAGCUGAAUCCCACUUGCAACGUGAUCAUCACGAUGAACCCGGGUUACGCCGGCCGGCAAGAGCUGCCGGACAAUCUCAAGGUGCUCUUCCGCACGGUGGCGAUGAUGGUGCCGGAUUACGCGAUGAUCGGGGAGAUCUCCCUCUACUCGUACGGCUUCGUCGACGCGAAGAACCUCGCGCAGAAGAUCGUCCACACGUACAAGCUGUGCUCGGAGCAGCUGAGCUCGCAGAACCACUACGACUACGGGAUGCGAGCCGUGAAGACGGUGCUGAUAGCCGCCGGCAAUCUGAAGCUGAAGUACCCGGAACGUGACGAGUCCACGCUGGUACUGCGCGCGACCGUCGACGUGAACCUGCCCAAGUUCCUGGCCCAGGACGUCUACCUCUUCACCGGCAUCUACACGGAUCUCUUCCCGGGCGUGGACCUGCCGCAGCCGGAUCGCGGCGAUCUCGUGGAGCUCCUCAAGGCGAAUCUGGAGAAGCGGAAUCUGCAGGCCACCCCGUGGUACGUGGAGAAGAUCGUCCAGGUAUACGAGAUGAUACUGGUGCGACACGGGCUGAUGCUGGUCGGCGGGACCUUGGCCGGCAAGACCCAGGCUUACCAAGUGUUGGCCGAUUCCUUGGGGGAACUGUCGACCAGACGGAAAGCCACCGUGCGGGAGUUCCGCACGACCUACCGUGUGAUCAACCCCAAGGCCAUCACCUUGGACCAGUUGUACGGCUGCUUCGACCCGGUGUCCCACGAGUGGAGCGACGGCGUGCUAGCCAAGACCUUCCGUGAGUUCGCGCAGUCGAUGUCAUUGGACCGCAAGUGGAUCGUGUUCGACGGCCCCGUCGACGCGGUCUGGAUCGAGAGCAUGAACACCGUGUUGGACGACAACAAGAAGCUCUGCCUGAUGUCGGGUGAGAUCGUGCAGAUGUCCGCCAAGAUGAACAUGAUGUUCGAGCCGGCCGACCUCGAGCACGCCUCGCCGGCCACCGUCAGCAGGUGCGGCAUGAUCUACAUGGAGCCGUCGCAGUUAGGCUGGCCGCCUCUCUUCCAGUCCUACAAGAAGCGCCUGAAGGAGAAACUGCUGAUCGAGCAGUUCGACCUCGUCGUGGAACUGGUCGAGUGGCUCACCGAUCCGAUCUUCCAUUUUAUCCAUUACUAUUGCAAGACCUUCGUCGCCAUGUCGGAGAAUCACAUGUUUCUGUCCUUCACGAAAGUGUUCAGCAUGAUGUUGGCGGAGGAGACGCAGGUGAGCACGGUGUGGCUGCAGUGCGUGUUAAUCUUCAGCAUGAUAUGGGGCAUGUGCUCAACUUUAACGGGCGAGAGCAGGAAAACCUUCGAUACGUAUUUGCGGCAACUGUUGCUCGGUAAUAUCGAGGAGCAACCGAAGCCGAAGGCGUUCAAACUGACGAAGCAGCAACUCUUUCCCGACAAAGGCACGGUGUACGAUUGGAUCUACGAUAAGAGGAACAAUGGAUCUUGGAUAUCUUGGAUGGACACUGUACAGCAGGCAGCCUUACCGGCAACGGCGAAAGCCAGCGAGCUGAUCAUCCAGACGACGGAGAUGUCCAUUCAGAACUUCUUCAUAAAGCAAUUCCUGCACAGAGCGGUGCCGAUCCUGUUCGUGGGUCCGACGGGCACUGGCAAGUCCGCGAUCGUGCUCAACCACCUCAUGUCGUUGCCCAAAGAAAAGUUCAUGGAGAACGUCGUGAACUUCAGCGCUCGCACGAGCGCGACGCUGACGCAGGAGAUGGUCAUGUCCAAGUUGGACCGCAGGAGGAAAGGUGUCUACGGCCCGGCGAUGGGGAAGAAGUGCGUGCUGUUCGUGGACGACCUCAGCUUGCCGCAAGUGGAGAUCUACGGCGCCCAGCCGCCGAUAGAGCUGCUGCGCCAAUGGAUAGAUCACGGCUACUGGUUCGACCCGAAGGACACCUCGAUGCUGUACUUAGCGGACAUCCUGAUGAUCGCCGCCAUGAUACCGCCGGGCGGCGGCUCGAACGUCGUGACGCCCCGAUUGAUCCGCCACAUGAACGUGAUCGGCAUCGACUCCUUCGAGGAGACCACGAUGAAGAAGAUCUUCUCGUCGAUCCUCGAGUGGCACUUCGCCAAGGGCUUCGUCACCGAGGUCUCCAGGCUGGGCAAGAUGGUAGUGGACGCCACCAUGAACGUGUUCCUCGCGGCCAUUCAAAAUUUCCUGCCGACACCGUCCAGGAGCCAUUACACCUUCAAUCUGCGCGACUUCAGCCGCGUCAUCAUGGGCGUGCUGCUGGUGCCCGCCGCCAGGAUGAGGGACCCCGACAAGCUCAUCAGGUUGUGGGUGCACGAGGUGUACAGGGUGUUCCACGACCGGCUGAUAGACGACGCCGAUCGCGAGACUCUGUUCAGGAUGGUGCGGCACACGUGCUACGAUCAGCUGCGUCAGCCGUUGGACAAGGUGCUCGCCGAUCUCCUGAAGCCAGGCGAGAAGGCGCUCACGAGUUCGCACAUCCGGGACCUCUUCUUCGGCAAUUACAUCGAGCCCGACGCCGACCCGAAGAUCUACGACGAGGUGACGGACCUGGAGGACCUCCAGGAGAAGAUGGAGUACUACCUGGACGAGUACAACGCGAUCUCGCAGACGCCGAUGAACCUGGUGCUCUUCAGGUACGCCAUCGAGCACGUGUCCCGCGUGUCCCGGGUGCUGCUGCAGGACAAGGGCCACGCGCUGCUCGUCGGGAUAGGCGGCUCGGGGCGCAACUCCUGCGCCCGCCUGGCGACCAGCAUGUGCGAGUACCUGAUACACCAGAUCGAGAUCACGAGGACGUACGGGCCGACGGAGUGGCGGGAGGACCUGAAGCGCUUGCUGUUGCGCGUCGGUUGCGACGGCAAGCCGACGGUUUUCCUCUUCAACGACCAUCAGAUCAAGGACGAGUCCUUCAUCGAGGACAUCAAUAUGGUGCUGAACACCGCGGACGUGCCGAACCUGUACGCGUUGGAGGAGAAGGCGGAGAUACAGGACAAGAUGACGGCGAUAGCGCGCGAUCCGAGCGGUCGGAAGAUGGAGACGACGCCGAUGGCGCUCUACAACCUCUUCAUCGACCGUAUCAAGAAGUACCUGCACAUCGUACUGACGAUGUCGCCGAUCGGCGACGCUUUCCGCAACCGGCUCAGGAUGUUCCCGUCGUUGAUCAACUGCUGCACCAUCGACUGGUACACGCUGUGGCCGGAGGACGCCCUCGAGAAGGUAGCCAGGAUCUCGCUGCAGGACCUCGACAUCGGGCCCGAGCUGCGGGAAAAGUGCGUGCACAUAUGCAAGCAGUUCCACACGAGCGUGUCGGUGGCGAGCGAGGAGUACUAUUCGACGUACGGCAGACGGUACUACGUCACCCCGACGAGCUUCCUGCAGCUGAUCAAGAGUCUCUACAGGCUCUACGGGCAGAAGAUCGAGCAGAUCACGAUGCAGCAGAACCGCUACGAGACCGGGCUGGAGAGGCUGGACUUCGCGGCUAGCCAGGUGUCGGUAAUGCAGGACGAGCUGCAGGAGUUGCAGCCGAAGUUGUUGGCGCAGUCGCAGCUGAGCGACAAGCUGAUGAUCAGGAUCGAGCAGGACACGGUGAACGUGGAGGCGAAGAAGGAGAUCGUAGCGGCGGACGAGGCGCUGGCGAACGAGGCGGCGGCCGCGGCGCAGGCCAUCAAGGACGACUGUGAGAGCGACCUGGCGGAAGCGACGCCGGCGUUGGAAGCCGCCGUGGCGGCCCUGGACACGCUCAAGCCGGCCGACAUCACGAUCGUGAAGGCGAUGAAGGCGCCGCCGGCCGGCGUGCGGCUGGUCAUGGAGGCGGUGUGCGUGCUGAAGGGCGUGAAGCCGGACAAAGUGCUGGACCCCGCCACCGGGCAGACGGUGGACGACUAUUGGCCCGCGUCCGUCAAGCUGUUGGCUGACAUGAAGUUCCUGGAGCACCUGAGGAACUUCGACAAGGACAACAUACCGGCCGCUUACAUGAAGCGCAUACGCGACCGCUUCAUCAACGACAGGAGCUUCCAGCCGGAUGUGAUCAAGAAGGUCUCGGCCGCCUGCGAGGGUCUGUGCAAGUGGGUGCGCGCGAUGGAAGUGUACGACCGCGUGAUCAAGGUGGUCGCGCCGAAGAAGGCGAUGCUGGCGGAGGCGGAGGCCGCGUUGGCCUUGCAGAUGGAGACGCUCAACGCGAAGCGGAACCUCCUGCAGGAGGUGUCGCAGAAGCUGCAGUCCCUGAACGACGAGUUCGCCGAGUGCAUGAGGGAGAAGAAGAAACUCGAGGACCAGAUCGACUACUGCAGGCAGAAGCUGGAGAGAGCGGAGAAACUGUUGAGCGGCCUCAGCGGCGAGAAGGUCAGGUGGAGCGAGACGGCUCGCAAUCUGGGCGCCAGCCUGGGUAACGUGAUCGGCGACGUCCUGCUGUCGUCCGGCAUAGUGGCUUAUCUCGGUGCGUUCACCAUCGAGUACAGGAACAACCUGAUCAGCGAGUGGCACGCGGCCUGCAUCCGCGCAGCGAUACCGUGCUGCGGCAAGUUCAGCUUGGUCGAGAUAUUGGGCGACGCGGUGGAGAUCAGAAACUGGAACAUCAUGGGCUUGCCGGCCGAUAACUUCUCCGUGGAGAACGGGAUAAUCGUGAAGAACGCCGACCGGUGGCCGCUGAUGAUAGACCCGCAGAACCAGGCGAACAAGUGGGUGAAGAACAUGGAGAAGCAGAACGGCCUGAUUGUGAUCAAGCUCACCGAUGCGAAUUACGCGAGAGCGAUAGAGAUGAGCCUGCAGCUCGGCACGCCGGUGCUGCUGGAGAACAUCGCCGAGGAGAUCGACGCGCUGUUGGAGCCGGUGCUGCUGAAGAACGUGUACAAGAAGCAAGGGGUGCUCUACAUGAAGUUCGGCGAGGUCGUGUUGGAGUACAACCCGAACUUCCGCUUUUACAUCACCACGCGGCUGAGAAAUCCGCACUACUUGCCGGAGGUGGCGGUGAAGGUGACUCUGUUGAACUUCAUGAUCACGCCGCAGGGCCUGCAGGAUCAGCUGCUGGGCAUCGUCGUGGCGAAGGAGCUGCCGGUACUCGAGGAGAAGAAGAACCAGCUGAUAGUGGAGGGCGCGAACAACAGACGGAUACUGAAGGAGCUCGAGGACCAGAUCUUGAAGGUGCUCUCGGCGUCGGAGGGCAACAUCCUGGAGGACGAGACCGCCAUCAAGAUACUCUCGACGUCGAAGAUCAUGUCGGAGGACAUUCAGGCGAAGCAAGAGAUCGCGAUCACUACGUCGGAGGAGAUAGACAAAGCUCGCAACGGCUACGUGCCCGUGUCGAAGCACGGCGCCGUCCUCUUCUUCUGCAUCUCCGAGUUGGCCAACAUCGAUCCCAUGUACCAGUAUUCCCUGCCCUGGUUCCUGCACCUCUACGUCAUGGCGGUGGCCCACAGCGAGAGGUCCGACAACCUGGACAUACGUAUGGACAACCUCAACUCGUACUUCACGGCGAGCAUCUACAGGAACGUGUGUCGCUCCUUGUUCGAGAAGGACAAGCUGAUCUUUUCCUUCGUACUCUGCGCCGGUCUGCUGCGUGCCUCUCGCAAGUUAGAGGAGGACCUCUGGGUGUUCCUGCUGACGGGGGGAGUCGCUCUGGACAAUCCUUACCCGAAUCCCGAUCCUUCCUGGUUGACUGAGAAAUCCUGGUCGGAGCUCGUGAGAGCCAGCCUCUUGCCGGGCCUGAAACCGCUUAGGGAGUCCUUCCAAUCCAACAUAUCGCAGUGGCAGGAGUACUACGACCUGUCGAAUCCGCAGGACUAUCCGUUACCGGCGCCGUUCCGGGACGAGGACGACGGCAGUCUGAGGAGGCUGGUGAUCCUGAGGUGCGUGAGGAUGGACAAGCUGGUCGUCGCCGUCCAGACGUUCGUCAUACACCACUUGGGUCGGUUCUUCGUGGAACCGCCGCCGUUCGACCUUCAGAGCUCGUACGACGACUCGAGCAACGUAACUCCCCUCAUCUUCGUGCUCUCGCCGGGCUCGGACCCGAUGGCCGGCCUGAUCAAGUUCGCCGAGGACCGUGGGAUCUCGAAGAAGAAUCUGAUGACGAUAUCGCUGGGUCAAGGUCAGGGGCCGAUCGCGUCCGGCAUGAUCGAGCGUGGCAUCAAGAGCGGCGAGUGGGUGAUCCUGCAGAACUGCCACCUCGCCGUGUCAUGGAUGAAGGAGCUCGACAAGAUAUGCGACGAGAUAAUCGUGCCUGAGAAGACGCACCCGGAAUUCCGCAUCUGGCUGACCAGCUACCCGUCCGCCGGCUUCCCGGUGUCCAUACUGCAGAACGGCGUCAAGAUGACGAACGAGCCGCCGAAGGGUCUGAGGAGCAACCUGCUGCGCAGCUACCUCAACGAUCCCGUGUCGGAUCCCAAGUUCUUCCGCGAGUGUACGAAGGUGGUCGAGUGGCGUCACUUGCUCUUCUCCCUGUGUUUUUUCCACGCGGUCGUGCAAGAAAGGCGGAACUUCGGCCCGCUCGGGUGGAACAUACCCUACGAGUUCAACGAGUCCGACCUGCGCAUCAGUAUCCUGCAGCUGCAAUUGUUCCUAAACGACUACGACGAAGUACCGUUUGAAGCGCUCAUAUACCUGACGGGAGAAUGCAACUAUGGCGGCCGAGUGACCGACGAUAAGGACAGACGCUUACUGAACGCGUUGCUGAAGAAUUUCUACAACCCCCAAGUCAUCGAAAAUCCACGAUACUGCUUCUCACCGAGUGGAAUUUACCACCUGGCGGAUGACAUCGAUUACGAGGGCUGCCUGGUGUACAUUCGUAGUUUACCGAUCAAUCAGCUGCCGGAGGUUUACGGUUUGCACGACAAUGCGGACAUAACGAAGGACAAUCGGGAAGCGAUGCAACUGUUGGGCAGCGUGCUCCAGACUCAGCCGCAGAUCAGCGGAGUAGGUGUCGUAAAGGACAUGGACGAGGUGGUUUCCGCGCUGGCCGCUGAUAUUCUGUCGAAGAUACCGGCCGAGUUCGACGUGAAAGCGGUGUCGAAGAAGUACCCGAUUCUCUACAUGAACAGCAUGAACACAGUGCUGUGCCAAGAGCUGGUGAAGUUCAACGACCUCACCAGGACCAUCAAGGACACGUUGAGCAACGUGCAGAAGGCGAUCAAGGGGCAAGUUCUCAUGUCAGCGGUACUGGAGGAGGUUUACGUUAGCAUGAGCGUGGGUAAGGUGCCGCGGGCUUGGGACAGGAAAUCAUACCCGUCCCUGAAGCCGCUUGGCAGCUACGUGAACGACCUGUUGGCGAGGCUGCAGUUCUUGGACGACUGGAUCGAGCACGACGCACCGAACGUCUUUUGGAUAUCCGGCUUCUUCUUCACCCAGUCGUUUCUCACCGCGGUGCUGCAAAAUUACGCUCGCUUACACAAGAUCCCGAUCGAUCACCUGGACUUUCAGUUCGAGGUCACGCAGUUCGAGUCGAGCGUCGAGGAGGCCCCUUCUUACGGAGUCUACGUUACUGGUCUCUUCCUCGAGGGAGCUCGCUGGAACAGAGAGAAAAUGUUAUUGGACGAGUCCAAGCCUAAGGUAAUGUUCGACGUGCUGCCUAUUUUAUGGCUGAAACCUGGCGUGAAAGCAGAAUUCGUCAUAAAAGACGUCUACUAUUGCCCGGUGUACAAAACGAGCGCCAGACGUGGCGUCUUGGCCACCACCGGCCACUCGUCCAACUUUAUAAUGUACAUUCUACUGCCGACGGAUCUGGAUGAGUCGCAUUGGAUCAUCAGAGGUGUCGCUGCCCUUUGCCAACUCGACGAUUAGUAGAAACGAUCAGUUGUGAAUUAACGGCGUUAGAAUAUAAAUCGCUCGAUAAGCGAUAGUAAAUGGACAAUAAAUAUAUGUGGGUGAGCUAAUGAAUAAAGCGUUUACAUUAUAGAAUUAAUUGUUUAUAUGUGAGAUUAAUAUAAAUAUUGCAUCAUGA